AUGCGUAUAAACAACACUUUCUCUGCUGGUUUGCCUAUUGUUCAUUCGAAUGCAGAGUUUUCAGCUUUAGUGAACUCAAACACUUUAGCAAACAUAAACUUAACCUUAGUUGACGCAAACUUUGUUCCUGUAAAACUUUUAUGUCCUAUGUAUUUGUCAAUGACGGCAGAAAGUUUCGAAUUGGAAGAUGCAACCGGUGAAAGUAUUGUAUUACAAGAACAACUUCAACAACAAAUAGCUCAAGAACAACAAAUGGAACAAAUGGAACAAAUGCAACAACAAAGUCAAGAAUAA